AUGACAAACGGGAAAAGACAAUGUCGGCCAGGCACUUCGGCGACCUCAAUCGCCAUGGCAGCGCUCGCGGUGGUGCUGUCCUACAUGGAUGGCGAGGUCCUAGCAGUGUGCCCCAACAUGUGCAACGGCCACGGCGAAUGCGGGCUGGAGAAUGUUUGCGAGUGUGAAACUGGCUGGGACCUUGUCGCCGACUGCUCGCUGAAGGAGUGCCCAACAGGCGUUUCUUGGGGAAGCAAGGCAUAUGAGGAGAACACAGCACACGUUGUUAUGGAGUGCUCCAACGUCGGGGUUUGCGACCGGGUCACGGGGUCCUGUUCAUGCCCCUCGGGCUACACGGGGUCGGCUUGUCAGAGGCUUGCUUGCCCCAACGACUGCUCUGGGCGGGGCACGUGCGCUACCCUUGGUCAGGCGGCUGAGUUUUAUGGAGUGACGCGAUACGGCGGGGUGGGUUCGUUCGUCUAUACGAACUGGGAGGCGGACAUGGUAAUGACCUGCAUCUGCGACUGGGGCUACACCGGGGGGGACUGCUCGCUCAGGAUGUGCCCCAAGGGGGACGAUCCCGUGACAACCCUGCAGGAGAGCCCUCGGGUGGCGAUGACGGUGAACGCUACCGAUGGAGUCAUGGAGGGGAACUUCGUUCUCACGUUCCAGGGGGAAAGCUUCGCGUUCCCCGCGAACGCGACGCAGUUCGAUUCCACCGAUUGUGAGGCCGCCUUCGAAGGGCUGGGCAACCUCGAAGACGUGACGUGCUCUCGAGGAGAUGUGGGCGCAGAGGGCGGGGCGACCUUUGACAUUGAACUGGUGGCCUUUCCCACCUUCCCGCACCAGAACAACGUCUUCUCGCACGAUGGAUGGCCGGGACUCGACGCCUUCUCCUGCGAUGCCGCUAACAUCACCGGGGCAACGGACCCCGUCUGCAAGUUCACCGUGCUGCAGGAUAACAAUUUGAAAGAGUAUGAGUUUUGCAGCAGAAGAGGCAUAUGCGACUUCGAGACCGGGAGGUGCGAUUGUGUAGACGGAUUUUCGAGAGCCAAUUGCGACGUGAGUGAGAGCCAAAUCACCGAGGAUCUCGAUGCGGACGUUUUGGAGCUGUACACUACGCUGGCAAACUUCACCGGGAACGUCUUGUACCUCAAGACGGAGAGGGAAUCGAGCUCAUAUUUCAACCUCAUCAAGGCGGCUUCUGAAGGCGAAAACACGUUUGUUCUAGCCGGCGAUGGUACCCUCCGUAUGUACAAGGUACGCGAACUCUUUUAA